AUGGCGUCGAACCAAAACAGCCCGUACGUCACGACCCGCGAACAGGCCGUUGUAGAAGCGUGGAGCCAGGGUUUCAAUGUCGGAGCCGUUGUCAUCCUUAUUUUGCUCGUUCUAUGUAACUAUCGCAGAAAAACGCUACUGCAUAAGCUUAUUCUUGGUGAAUUACUUCUUGCGCUCGGACACGGAUUCUUUGCAUUCUUUGAAGAGCCAGAAUAUGGAUGGAUCCUCAGCAGCACUGCAACUCUACUUUACAUCUCAUACUUCAUCCACAAUCUUAUCGCCUGGCUAAAAAUCCGACCGUUUCUCCCCAAAUGGGGCGCACGAAGCUUCAUCAUCACAUUGCUCGUGGUCCAACCCUAUUGGAUUCUCGAAACAUGGGCAAACUUCCAAUACCACAACCACCUUGGUAGUCGAAUCUUUGACACAUCAAGAUUGCUCGAGCCGCUAUUCAGAGACCCAUGGUGGGUUUUCACAACGAUCAAGUUGGUCAUGGCUAUUCGAGAGAACUACGAAUUUACAAUAUCUGGCCUGAUUCGCACAAGUCCACGUUUCGGAAUUAUGCUCUUUUGUCUUCUUCUCUCAAUAAUAUUUCUGAUUACUGAUGUCAUAUUUAUGAUUGUGGUCUCCAAGAGGGGCGGAAUGAAUCCAUUUUGGAGGCUAGCCCUGGUAUUCAAAUGUGCAUCCGAUGUCAUAUUUCUCGACGAUUUCAAGAGUGUUCUAGAUCGAAUAUCUGAGUCGGCGAUGAGAAAAAUCACAACCUUCGAGUACAGAGAUAAUGCCUCGCCCUCGGUCCAUCCACCAAGUUCUACCGAUUUCUCGAUGCCUGGAUACAACCGCAAGACUUCACGGUUUGAAUCGUCCUCUAGAGCAGAACUAGGAUCGAUCCUACGUCCGAUAGGCUCAAGGGACGAUGGGCACUAUGAGUUUGCGGCAAAUGGUAGUCAGAUUUUUGCAGAUGGAGUUCCACAGUGGCAUGAAGAGAAUGCCCAACAUUCUGUUUGUCACGCCCCGCGCCAGAGAGGCGAGUCUCAAGAUACUAUGAUGACAAGAGUGGUUCGUGAACAACUAGGAGGAUUACAGGAUAUCCCCAUGGAGCCUGUCAAGGCAAGGACGAGGAAUGACUAG